UGCCAGGGUCCCCUUCUCUGAGGGCAUAUCCCCUCAUCUCCGUCAUCACCAGGCAGCCCUCCGUGGUCCCUCACCUCGUCCCAGCUGCCACCAGCUCCCGUGUGCUGCCAGCCCAGCCCUCCUCGGGGACUUCGAGCUCAGAGACACCUGCCAGCGAGACCCAUGCCAGCAGCGAGUCGGAGGCAGAGCAGCCCACGCCUCGGUUAAAAAAGCCACGCCGGAGUAGGACCAUCUUCACAGAGCUCCAGCUGAUGGGCUUGGAGAAGAAAUUCCAGAAGCAGAAGUAUCUGUCUACCCCUGACAGGCUUGACUUAGCCCAGUCGUUGGGGCUGACUCAGCUCCAGGUGAAGACGUGGUACCAGAACCGUAGGAUGAAGUGGAAGAAAAUGGUGCUGAAGGGUGGACAGGAGGCUCCAACGAAGCCCAAAGGCCGUCCAAAGAAAAACUCCAUUCCCACUUCGGAGGAAAUCGAAGCAGAAGAGAAAAUGAACAGCCAGGCUCAGAGUCAGGAGCUGGAGGGAUGUCAAGCUGCCGAGGAGCCUAAAUUGACAGAGGAGAAGCCAGAAGUCUCUCUGGAGACAGAGAAGUCUGCAGAACAUAUACCAGAGCCCUCCUCAGAGGAGACUACGCCGUUAAGUUAGGAGGGAAAGGGGAAAAAAGAAAAGCAAAA